GGGAAAAAACCAAUUCAUUAGAACACAGUAAAGCUAUCCUUCGGAACCACAAUGAAGUUGUGGCUUUGUUUAUUUAAGUAUUUAUCAAUUUAUGGGAGAAUUGCAGUAAUCAUGUCUAGGAUUAAAAGUGUGAAUUCCUGUGUUUUAAGAUCUGAUACUGAUGGAGGCAUACGAUGCUGUUAUAACUAUGUUGAAGUGAACGGCGUUUGUGAAAAUUGUCGCCCAUGCUAUUUUGGAGUAAAUUGUAAAAGCAGAUGUUACGGGCUCGCCUACGGAUUCCUAUGCAGUUUAACUUGUGACUGUUCAGCUCUAGACUGUGAUUAUGUGUAUGGUUGUCCAAACAGCACAGAGGCAAGUUUCACGUCCUCAGCGUUCACAGUGAAAGUCGAAGAAAAUACAACGCAAAAGGGAUUUGGUAACGAUACUUCUUCUGAAUUAGAUAUGCAUCCUAUAACAAUAAUAAAACCAUUCGGGACUCUGAUAAGUCUGGUUUUAAUACUAAUGAUCAUACGGGAAGUAUGGAAAUAUCGCAAAUGUUUAGGGCUUCACUCGAUGAAUGAUGUAUCGUGCAGAAUUCAUGAAGUAAACGACAUUUACACAGAAAUUAAUGAGGUCAUCGUUAUCGAAGGUUUCCCCAAGGAUAAUGAUAAUACAGGUUCAAAAGAAUACAUCGGGAACGGUCAUACACCUUUAAGUGAGAUGGGAGAAGACAGAUAUGAAAAAGAUGUUUAUAGUACUGCGUGUAAAGAGAGAUAUAUAUGUAAGGAUAAAGUCAAAGACGAUGGAAAACGGGAAAUGGCAUCUAAAAGAAGCAUCAACUUUGAAAUGGACGGGACUUCAAAAGAUAAAAGAGAGACAGUAAACAAUGAAACUCUUUAUGGACAUUCAUUUGUGGACAUCGUUCAAAAUUGCAAAGGGAAGACUCAGUGGCUAUCUUUUGACCUGCAAAACUACAUGAAAUCAAUCACACUGAAUUGUUCAGAUGUGGAUGAUGAAGAUGAAUGUUCUGAUAAUAUCUAUGUAAAUGACAAGACUGAAUCAACUUAUCUUUAACGUUACACUAUAAUGGAAGCAUGUCUAUAUAACGUUAAAGAAACCUUUUUAUGUAUUUAUACAUUAUAUCUUUAUCAAUUGAAAAAUAUAAUGUGUGCAUGUACUGGAUCAUCAAAUCCUCAAAGUAUGGACCACAUCGUUUAUUGAAUAAGAAAACAUUAUCUAUUGUAAAAGAUUAAUUUGCUUAAGAACAAGGGACGUUAUUGGCCAAAAUUGGCCGCGCUUCAAAAACCAAUCAUAUUUUGCAGGUAGAAAGAUGAUCAUUUUCUCGUUUCAUUCAUAUAUAACAUGUAUCAUUUACUUGUUGCUGAUAUUGAGAAAAUAACGUUAGAAUGUUGCAUUGUUAACUCUGACGCUAUCUUCCGACGGUCGCUUUUUUCGGAACGACGUCAUCGACCUUAUAGGAUUUACCGUACCCUGAUUCUUCUAGAAGAUUUUUCUAAAAGUUACAAUUUUAACUUUUUAUAUAAAAAUAUUCAUUGAGAUCAAAUACUAUUGAAAACUGGCAUGCUAUGGAAGAUUCAUUAUUCAUUUACAUGUAACUUUAUCGUGGUCAUAGACAUUUUGUGGAAGAAUCUUGUGUUAAUUAGAGUAAGGAAAAUAAUGCGUGUAUUUGUCAAAAAUUGUUGAGUAAAACGCAAUCAUAUUUUGGAAGGUGCUGUUCUAUGUCGUCCUAUUCAAAUGAAGUAUGGAAAAUAAAAUGACUCUUGAAUUUUC